AUGGUUCAGCUCGAGGAAGUACCCGACGAGGAGCUCUACGCUCAGCAGCCCGGCCAGAAAGAGGACGAAGACGACUGGGACACUGACAGCGACUCAGAAGUCUCCGACGUAGAUGACGAUGACGCCUUUGACGAAUCCCUCUUCGAUCGAGUCUACGCGCUCAAAGACAUUGUCCCACCCACAUACCGCAAGCGCCUCUACGCGGCCGCCGAGUCCGGUUACGCAUGGGCUUCAUCGGGAUUGAGCUUCAGCGGCAAGACGCUCUGGGUUGUCAGCACCAGUGCGCUGUUGUUGGGUGUGCCAUGGGCGCUGGCUUUCAGCGAGGAGCAGCAAGUUUUGGAGAUGGAGAGGGAAAUGCGCAUGCAGCAAAGCGCGAACGAGCUUCUCACAUCAGGAGCCGCUGGACAGGCAGGCGCGAGACCGGCGCUGUAG